GAGGGAAGAAGCCCUCUUGAAAGAGUUCUUUCUCAUGAAAGGAAAGUCCAGCACAAACUAUUCAGGACAAUGAAGUCUGCAUUGUAUUUGUGUUUGUUGCUUCUUGGACUUCAAGUCCAGGGUCAACAGCAGGAACAAAUACAGCACUCCCCAGAAGCCCAGUCCCAGGCUGAUGCUGAAAACUUGCCUUAUGUCAAGCUAGCUCCCAGCAAUGCUGACUUUGCAUUCAAGCUUUACAAGCAGAUCAGAGAUGAGCUGGGCGACAAGAACAUUUUCUUCUCUCCUCUGAGUAUCUCCACUGCCUUUGCAAUGCUCAGCCUGGGGGCCAGAUCAAACACGCUCAGAGAGCUGCACAAAGGCCUUGCCUUCAACCUGACACAGGUGGAGGAGCAGGAGAUCCACGAGGGAUUCCAGCACAUCCUCCAGCUGCUGAAUGACCCUCACCGAGCAGCCCAGCUGAGCGUGGGCAAUGCCCUGUUCGUAGACAAACAAGUGGAAUUGCUUCAAGACUUUUCGGAUCGUGUCACAAAUUUUUAUUAUGCUGAGGCUGUUUCUAGCAACUUCCAGGAUCCUGCAGAGGCUAUAAAGGAAAUCAAUAAGUAUGUGGAAACCAAAACACAUGGCAAAUUUGUUGAUUUUGUCAAGAAUCUUGAGCCAGAUACUGUGAUGGUGCUCCUUAACUACAUUUUCUUUAGAGGCUCCUGGGAAAGACCUUUCAAUAAUCUCAGCACGAGAGAUGAUGACUUCUUUUUGGAUGCCAAGAAUUCUGUUAAGGUCAAAAUGAUGCAUCAAAACAAGCACUUUAAUGUCCACAGGGAUGAGAAGUUGUCUUGCUGGAUAGUAGAAAUCCCAUACAAAGGAAAUGUUACUUCAUUUUUUGUUCUGCCUGAUGAAGGGACAAUGAAACAGGUGGAAGAGGCUCUGCUAAAAGAAACAGUGUCUGACUGGUUGAGAUCAUUUCAAAAAAGAAAAAUCUACUUGGACCUUCCAAGAUUCUCUGUCUCCAGCUCCUUGGAUGUUAAGAGCCUGUUUGAGAAAAUGGGUGUGAAAGAGGUGUUCAGUGACCAGGCUGAUCUCUCUGGAGUGGCAAAAAAUCUUCUUCUGAAGGUUUCCAAAGCAAUUCACAAGGCCACGGUGGAUGUGAGAGAGAAUGGCACAGAGGCUGCUGCAGUGACUAUGAUGGAAAUAAUGCCACUGAGCGCGUCCUUUCCUCCUCCUCCUCACAUCACCUUCAACAAGCCCUUCCUGAUGAUGAUUAUUGACAAAACCACCGAUGCCCUGCUCUUCCUGGGGAAAAUUGUGAACCCAGUUGCCAAGGAAGACUAGGCCAGGGCAUUUAUACUCUCCAGUGCAGAGAGGAGAGCUUGUGCAUAUCCCAGGAAAUUCUUGUCAAAGUAGGACUAGAACUGAUCUAAUGCAUAAUUAGCAAAUAAAAAAAUCUUCUGUCAAGUUCUUCUUUACUUCAACGUGGAUAUU